GGUGUGUGGGACUCACCAUAUGGUAGCGUCUAGUUUCUGUUCGUGGAGAGGACCUUUCCCAUAACCCCCUGGGUCCAUGUCACAAUCUAUUUGGAAUAGAAAAGUGUGGCUGCCCUCUCGUUUUGUCACGUCCAGGUCCUUAGCACGAAGGAUUGGCUGCUGCGUUUCCCAUAUGCUGUGAUCAUGUCAGGAUCUAUCACCGGAGGUACAGAGGACUGCAGCAGCUGGACAGACAGACAGAGAGAAGAGUUUUCUGCUCAGGAUUGGCUGCUGCGUUUCCCAUAUGCUGUGAUCAUGUCAGGAUCUAUCACCGGAGGUACAGAGGACUGCAGCAGCUGGACAGACAGACAGAGAGAAGAGUUUUCUGCUCAGUAUAGAGAACAGACAGUACUACUUGACGAACUAUCCAACUUAAAGAACGAUCGGAGAGUGUAUAAACAAUACUGUAAUAGCAACAUUUACUUCCUCGCAGACAUAUCUAAAACCCUCAGUGAAUGCAAAAUAGACAGAAGAUGUUGUGAAACACCCGUUGAGUACUAUGGAGCCAGAAACUGCAAGGAACUGCUGGAUCGAGGGGCAGUCAUAAGUGACUGGUACACCAUAUACCCCGAGGGGAGCAAACCACUGAAAGUGAUGUGUGAUAUGCAUACUGAUGGAGGUGGAUGGAUAGUCGUUCAGAGACGAUGGGAUGGAGGAGUGGAUUUCACACGUAACUGGGAGUCUUACAAAGUAGGAUUUGGAAGCCGUCAUGAAUUUUGGCUUGGAAAUGAACACAUUCAUAAACUGACAUCAUCUGGCAAAUGGGAGCUGCGUGUUGACCUCCAUGAUACCGAAGUUAAAAAGUACUAUGCCAAAUAUUCCUCAUUUAACAUUCUGGGAGAGUGUGACAAGUACAAGUUGUCUCUGGGCUCGUUCACAGGAGGAAACGCAGGAGAUUCCCUGACUGUGCAUAACAAUAUGAAGUUCACUACCUUUGAUGAGGACAAUGAUGAAAAUUCCACCGGUAACUGUGGAAAUCUGUACAAGGGGGGCUGGUGGUUCAAAUCCUGCCACUCUGCAUACAUGAACGGGCUGUAUCUGCAUGGAGAGCAAAAGGAAUCCUUAGUCGGCAUUAACUGGCACAGUGCUAAGGGUGACCGCUACUCUUUUGCACAUGUUGAAAUGAAGAUUAGAGAACUGUUUUAGAGUACUGGACUGAGGAACUCUCUGCACAGAGAUAGUAUGAUAAACCUCAUUGAUUUACCCCAAAUCCCUAGCGAGAGAGAGAGAGAGAGAGAGAGAGAGAGAGAGAGAGAGAGAGAGAUGAACAUUUCCUGCCGGUGUACUCAUCUAUCAGCAUCGCAUCUUAUGUUUGAUGAGUAUUGUAGCCAUGUGCUGACGUUGCCCCAUCCAGACAGCGUGCCCCGGGCGCCUGGCUUCUUCCUUAUGAUAUCACAGCUUGCCUUGGUUAUGACUUUUCAUGCUUUUUCAUAGCCCAUUAUUGGCAGCAAUCCUGGUGAUAUCAUAGAGAGAAUCCAAGGGCCCCUGUGAUUUUAAAUACCAGGGCAGCAGGCAGCGAAUGGCGCCAUUCCAUUAUGUGCAUGGUGUUUGAUUUCAUUCUGUAUUUCUACCAAUUAAAUAAAUAAAUUGUUGCUUCAUGUAACCUGUAUAA